GCUGCAUUUUCUUAAAGUAAUAAUUACAGCACAAAAACGGCAUUAUAAGCAGAUUCGGCGUUGGAACUGAUGCUAUAAAAGCAGCGACAUUAUCUGGGCUGCAGUAACAGAUGGAGGCGAGACACAUUGUGCAUAAAGACCGUUUCUUGGCUUGUCAUAACUCUUAGCAGGAUCCAAAAUGAAGAUGCAACUGGAACUUAAGAAUAUAGCCUUAAGACCUGGAGACAAGUUAAAACUAAAGGGGGAAAUUCUGCACGAUGCUGAGAAGUUCCGGAUCGACCUUGGCGUGAACUCAGAAGACCUGGCGUUGCACUUUAACCCCCGUUUCGAGGAUGAUGAAGAUGGAGCGGUCCUAGUGUACAACUCAAAGACUGCAGGUUACUGGGGAAGUGAAGGGAGGGAAAUGCCCAACCCUCUGCAGAGGGGCAGUGAUGUGAAGAUUUUUUUGAUGCUUUCUGGUGACGGGUUUGAGGUGGAGCUCCCUGACGGGCAGAAACUCAGCUUUCCUAACAAUUCAAACAUGGACGUCAUCACCUACGUCCAAGUGGCAGGGGAUUUCAAACUCAACAGCUUCAAGAUCUACCAAUCUACGAUGACUUAAAUAACCAAGAUUAAAAAAACCCCAGUGAAA